GGCUAAUUUACAAUUACAUGUACUUGUAUACAAUAGAUGAUGGGUACUUUAGAUGUGCAAUAGGUGCCUGGGUAGGGCUAAUUUACAAUUACAUGUACUUAUAUACAAUAGAUGAUGGGUACUUUAGAUGUGCAAUAGAUGCCUGGGUGGGGCUAAUUUACAAUUACAUGUACUUGUAUACAAUAGAUGAUGGGUACUUUAGAUGUGCAAUAGAUGCCUGGGUGGGGCUAAUUUACAAUUACAUGUACUUAUAUACAAUAGAUGAUGGGUACUUUAGAUGUGCAAUAGGUGCCUGGGUAGGGCUAAUUUACAAUUACAUGUACUUAUAUACAAUAGAUGAUGGGUACUUUAGAUGUGCAAUAGAUGCCUGGGUGGGGCUAAUUUACAAUUACAUGUACUUAUAUACAAUAGAUGAUGGGUACUUUAGAUGUGCAAUAGAUGCCUGGGUGGGGCUAAUUUACAAUUACAUGUACUUAUAUACAAUAGAUGAUGGGUACUUUAGAUGUGCAAUAGAUGCCUGGGUGGGGCUAAUUUACAAUUACAUGUACAGGGUGUUUCAUAAUGACCGUCCCUCCAAUCACAGGCAAUCCUACUUCACAUGCCCCCAUAAUCUAUAUACCAUAAUAAAGCGUAUUCAAUUCUGGACUUAUGUGCCAAAUAUUAGAAUGCCUGGUCUUUGAGAACAUAAUUUGUGAACUUAUAUUUUGUAGCCACUAUCCCCUCAAUUUGCAUGAUUUGUGGCUACUAUUCCUGAUGGAUUUAAAGAGAAAAGCAGAUCGCUAUAUUAUCCAUUGUAUCAUUUAGAGCUCUCUGGGCAUUUCUUUGAACUAUUUAAUACUUUUAUCUUUCAAAUAUCAUCAAGAUAUAUCUUCAACAUCCAUCAAAUGUUAGAAGUUGUACAUUACUAUACCCAAUAGUGUAUUGAGGCAUGGUUAUCAUAGCUUUUUGCCAGUUUGCAGGGUACAUGGCUAACUUUGGAAAAAUGCGACUUUCAGAUUCUAUGCUAAAGGUAAAAUGGGUACCUUUUAUAGAGAUAUGUAGCAAGUUGUAAAAAAUGUUAAGCUUAAUCAAAGUUGAUUCAAUAAGUCCAGAAUUGACCAAGCUUUCAUAUGAUAUAUAACACAUGGGGGUAUGCUAUUCAGGAUUGGUGGUUGAUGGGGGGACGGUCAUUAUGAAACACCCUGUAC